AUGAAUAUUUAAGGUUUAGAUUUAUUUUCUUCAGAGUUUUAUUUUAAUAUUGGGCCAAAACAUUAUAAAAGAGAUACUGUCUUAGGAUUAAUAUUGUCAUUUUUAGCUGUUACUACAACACUUUCGUAUGCUCUUUACUUAUUUUACCUCAAUUUUAACAACUAAAUAAACCCAAAAUUUUAGUCUUAAAGCUUCAUUGCAAAUGGUAGGAUAGAAGUACCUCUCGAAGAUGAUCUUGUUGGAUUUUAGUUUAUGUAUAAUUAUUCUAUGAGUAUAGAUUAAUAUUAACAAUCUUUGAAUCAGACAUAUCUUGUUUAUGUUGUUUAACUUUACUAUUAAGACCCUAAAAAUAAAAUUUACAAUACAAUCAAUCUCAAUACAUUUUAAUGCACAACACCUUAAUUAUAAGGUUUUACAUGUAUUGAUUUUUCUAAAGUAGGUAACUAUUCAUUUUUGCUUGAUAAUAUGAAUAAUAAUUAAGUUUAUUCUUCUAUUUAUAUUCAUUUGUAUGGUUGCAGAGAUUAAGAUUUAGUAAAAGCAACUGUGCCUAGUAAUUGCCCAGCCCAAACGGAUAUUAAUAAUGUUAUAGAUGGAUAACAAGCAUAUUUUUAACUGAAACUCAAAACUUAGUAAUACAAUACAACUUCAAAAGAAAUCCAAACAAAUUACAGAAACAUAUAUAAUUAUGUAUCCUCUGGUUAAUUUGUACUUAACUCUCUGAGCACAUAAAAAUAGGAUACUCAGGUAGACUUAGGUCUCUUAAUUUAGCAGAGAUAAACUUACUCUUCUCCUAUUUAAUAUACUCUAUCAACUUAAAAUUUUGAUAGAAUUUCUGCUUAAUAAUCAGGACUAGGCCCCUAUAGUAAAUAAAUAUUACUAAUGGAUGAAAUUGUUUAAAAAUUUCAAAUAUAAUAUCCAAAAAUUACAGAAAUUUUGGCACUUGUAAAUGCUGUUGCUGGAUUAAUAGUUGUAUUUAGAAUUUUGGGCAAAUUUUACAGUUAAAAUUUAAUAAAAUAAGACUUCUUUAUGCUCUUGCUUCAAAAUCUUUACUAAGAUAAAUAUAGAAAAAUCAUGAUCCAUAAUAAUCUUAUUAAAAAGUAAGAAAGUAUUUCUUGUUUGAUUUCCACUUAAAAAACUGAUGAAAAAGAAGAAGUGGCAGAUGAAGUAUAAGAAAAUUGUAUAAAAAAAGACCUAAUUGUGCCUGUCUUUCCAGCAAAAAAUUAGGUAGAAAAAAGUCCAUAUCCAACUUUAAAUAAUAAGAAUAAUAAUAAUAAUAAUUGUUAACUUCUUUUAAAAUUUAAUGAAUAAAUAAAUGUAGAAAAUCAAAAAAAAGAAAACUAGAAAUUAAAUAUAAAUUUAAAAAAGAAUUAGCAAAAUAAUGAAGAAAGUAUGCUAAAUUUAAAAAAUUAGAGCAAUAUAGGUAAUAAUGAUUUAACUAACUCUGUAAUAAACUAUCCAAAUGAAGAAUCUAUAAACAAUAAAUUAAUUUUCUCACAAAUUGAAAAAUAUUAGUAAAAAAAAUAAAAAGAGCUAGAUGUAAUUAAAAAUACUUAAAUUAGUUAAAAUUUUUGCUAUAUUAAAUAACAGAAUUAACUAUCAAAUUCUCAAAAUAAAAUAAAUAAUUAGUUUACCAUCUAAUAAAUCAGCUCUCAAAAGUAAUUUCUAUCAAACCCAAAAACAUAGAAUCAAUAGAAAGGUACCAGUGUUUUCUAAAAUAGGUCCUUAUUUAAUAAAAGAUAAUCUAAUAAUAUUAGCAAUAAAGAAUCUAUCUAACAAAAUAUAACUUAAGCAUAAAAAAAGGAGAUAUCUAAGGAAUCUCCUUAUUAAUAUUUAAAAAAUAUUUAAAACAGUAGAUUUAAAAAUACAAUCAAAAAUACCAUUUUUAAAUUCAAGUAAUUUAAGUCUAAAACAUUUUUUAAGUAGAAGGGGAUAGAAUACGGUUUUAUAAAAUAGAUUGAGUAAGAGGUCAAUAGAAAUUUAAAUAUUUAUGAUUUAUACAAAGACAUUAUUUUUUUGAAAAAGGCUAUUAUGAUGAUACUAAGCUAAGAGCAAUUAGCAGCUAUAUAAUUUGUAACUCUCACUGAAUAGUUUUAAAGUUUUGGCAAAACAUCUAACAUAAAUAUUGAAUGGCCCAAGCAUUAUAAAAGAGAUACUGUCUUAGGAUUAAUCUUGUCGUUUUUAGCUGUUACCACGACGCUUUCUUAUGCUGUUUACUUAUUUUAUCUCAAUUUUAGCAAUUAAUUAAGACCAAAAUUUUAAUCUUAAAGCUUCAUUUCAAAUGAUAGGAUAGAAGUACCUCUCGAAAAUGAUUUAAUAGGGUUUUAGUUUAUGUAUAAUUAUUCAAUGAGCAUAGAUUAAUAUUAAAAAUCUUUGAAUAAGACAUAUCUUGUUUAUAUUGUUUAAUUUUACUAUUAAGACCCUAAAAGUAAUACUUACAAUACUAUCAAUCUCAAUACUUUUUAAUGCACAGCACCUUAAUUAUAAGGUUUUACAUGUAUUGAUUUUUCUAAUCUAGGUAACUAUACUUUUUUGCUUGAUAAUAGUAAAAAUAAUCAAAUUUAUUCUUCUAUUUACAUUCAUUUGUAUGGCUGCAGAGAUUAAGACUUAGUAAAAACAACUGUACCUGAUAAUUGUCCAUCCCAAAAGGAUAUUAAUAAUAUUAUAGAUGGAUAAUAAGCAUAUUUUUAGCUAAAACUCAAAACUUAGUAAUACAAUACAACUUCAAAAGAAAUGUAAAUUAAUUACAGAAACAUUUAUAAUUAUGUAUUCUCUCCUUAAUUUGUACUUAAUUCUCUGAGCACAUAAAAAUAAGAUACUCAGGUAGACUUAGGUCUCCUUUUUUAGUAGAGAUAAACUUAUUCUUCUCCUAUUUAAUAUACUCUAACAACUUAAAAUUUUGAUAGAAAUUCCUCAUUGACAUAAGGAUUAGGCCCAUAUAAAAUUUUGGCACUUGUAAAUGCUGUUGCUGGAUUAAUCGUUGUAUUUAGAAUUUUGGGCAAAUUUUACAGUUAAAAAUUAAUAAAAUAAGACUUCUUUAUGCUCUUGCUUCAAAAUCUUUACUAAGAUAAAUAUAGAAAAAUCAUGAUCCAUAAUAAUCUUAUUAAAAAGUAAGAAAAUAUUUCUUGUUUGAUUUCCACUGAAAGAACUGAUAAAGAAGAAGAUGUAGAUGAAGUCUAAGAAAAUUGUAUAAAAAAAGACAUUAUUGUUCCUGAAUUUUCAACAAAACUUAGAGAGGAUGUUCAAAAAAGUCAAAAUCUAACUUUAAAUCGUAAUAAUAAUAAUAAUAAUAAUAGUUGUUAAUUUCAUGUAAAAUUUAAUGAAUAAUUAAACAUACAAAAUGAAAAAGUAAAUAACUAGAAAUUAAAUAUAGACUUAAUAAAGAAUUUUUAAAACAAUGAAGAAAAUAUGCUGAAUAUAAAAAAUUAGAAUAGUAUAAAUAAUAACGAUCUGGUUAACUCUGUAAUAAACUCUCCAAAUACAGAAUCAACAAUAAAUAAUAAAUUAAUUUACUCUCAAAUUGAAAAAAAUUAGUAAAAAGAAUAAAUUGAGCAAGAUAAUUAACUAUCAAAUUCUCAAAAUAAAAUAAAAAUAAACAAUUAGUUUAGCAGCUAAUAAAUUAGUUCUCAAAAGUAAUUUAAGUCUAAAACAUUUUUCAAGUAGAAAGGGAUAGAAUACGGUUUUAUAAAGUACAUUGAGUAAGAGGUCGAUAGGAAUUUAAACAUUUAUGAUUUAUACAAAGAUAUUAUUUUUUUGAAAAAGGCUAUUAUGAUGAUAUUAAGCGAGGACUUCAUUAAAAAUGAUAGGAUAGAAGUACCUUUCGAUAAUGAUUUAGUUGGGUUUUAGUUUAUGUAUAACUUCUCAAUGAGUAUAGAUUAAUAUUAACAAUCUUUGAAUCAGACAUAUCUUAUUUAUGUUGUUUAACUUUACUAUUAAGAUCCUAAAAAUAAUAUUUACAAUGUUAUCAAUCUCGAUACAUUUUAAUGCACUACACCUUAAUUAUAAGGUUUUAUAUGCAUUGAUUUUUCUAAUGUAAGUAAUUAUACUUUUUUGCUUGAUAAUAGUGAUAAUAAUCAAGUUUAUUCUUCUCUUUUCAUUAGUUUGUAUGGCUGCAAUGAUCAAGACUAAACAAAAACAACUGUACCUAAUAACUGCCCAGCCUAAAAUGAUAUUGAUAAUAUUAUAGAUGGAAAUUAAGCAUAUUUUUAGCUGAAACUCAAAACAUAGUAAUACAAUACAACUUCAAGAAAAAUGCAAACUAAUUACAGAAACUUAUAUAAUUAUGUAUCCUCUGCUUAAUUUGUACUUAAUUCUCUCAGCGCGUAAAAAUAAGAUACUAAUGUAGACUCAGGUCUCCUUUUUUAGUAGAGAUAAACUUACACUUCUCCUAUUUAAUAUACUCUAACAACUUAAAAUUUUGAUAGAAUUUCUUCAUUAGAAUCAGGAGUAGGCCCAUAUAGUAAAUAAAUAAUACUAAUGGAUGAAAUUGUUUAAUAAUUUGAAAUUUAAUAUCCAACAAUUACAGAAAUUUUAGCACUUAUAAAUGCUGUGGCUGGAUUGAUAGUUAUAUUUAGAAUUUUGGGUAAAUUUUACAGUUAUAAGUUAAUAAAAUAAGACUUCUUUAUGCUAAUGCUUCAAAAUCUUUAUUAAGAUAACUAUAGAAAAAUCAUAAUCCAUAAUAAUCUUAUUAAAAACUAAGAAAAUAUUUUUUCUUUGAUUUCUGAAAAAACUGAAAAAGAUGAAGUGGAAGUGGUAGAUGAAGUCUAAGAAGAUUGUAUUAAAAAAGACAUUAUUGUGCCUGAUUUUCCAACGAAACUUAGAGAUUAUGUAGAAAAAAGCCAAUAUCUUUCUUAAAAUAAUAACAAUAACAAUGGUAAAUUUCAUUUAAAAUUGAAAGACUAAUUGAAUGAAGAGAAUGAAAAAAUAGAUAGCAAUAGAUUAAAUAUAAACUUAAAAAAGAAUUUUUAAAAUACUGAAGAAAGUGUUCUAAAUUUAAAAAAUUAGACCAGUAUAGAUCAUAGCGAUUUGCCAAACUAUGAAAUAAACACUCCAAACGCAGAAUCGAUAAGCAAAAAAUUAAUUCUCUUUCAAACUGAAAGAAACUAGUAAAAAGAAUAGAACGACCAAGAUAUAAUUAAAAUUGAUAAUAAAUAACAAAAUUAACCAUCUAAUUAUUAUAAAAAAUUAAAAUUAAAAAAUUUGUAUAACUGUUAAUAAAUCGGCUCUUAAAGGAAUUUUCUAUCAAGCCCAAAAAUAUAGAAUUAGUAAAAAAGUGUGAAUAUUUUCUAAAGUAGAUCCUUAUUUAAUACAAAAUAAUCUAAUAAUAUUAAUAGUAGAGAUUCUAUCUAAUAAAAUUCAACUUAAGCUUAAAAAAAGGAGAUAUUAAAGGAAUCUGCCUUUUAAAAUUUCAAAAGUAUUUAAAGCAAUAGUUUUAAAAAAAUCAUUAAAAAUACCAUUUUUAAAUUCAAGCAAUUUAAAUAAAAAAAAUUUUUUCAGGAGAGAGAGAUAGAUUGUGAUUUUAUAAAGUACAUUUAGUAAGAGGUCAAUAAAAGCUUAGACAUUUAUGAUUUAUACAAAGACAUUAUUUUUUUGAAAAAGGCUAUUAUGAUGAUACUAAGCGAAGAGCAAUUAGCAGCUAUAUAAUUUGUUACUCUCACAGAAUAAUUUUAACGUUUAGAUAAAAAAUCUAAUAUAAGCGAUGAAUAAAUAAAUAAUAUUAGGUUAAAUUAUUUUGAGAAGCAGAUUUGCAUAUAAAAUUCCUAAAUAUUGCAAGAAGUAUAUUUUAAAAAAUUUUUUAUAAAGCAGUAAUAAGAAAAAGAGUAGAAAGAUGUUAUAGACUAAAGAAUAUUUUCUUCAUUAUUAAAAUAUUGA